CUCUUCGUCCAGCUCUAGCACUACAUAAUAAAAGAUUUUCGUCGUACUUUCGGAACAACAAAGCGACAAGAGCAACAGCAGCGACAUGUCCGCCUACAAGCUGGAGACCGCCCCCUUCGAUCCACGUUUCCCCAAUCAGAACGUGACCCGUUAUUGCUAUCAAUCCUACAUUGAUUUCCAUCGUUGCCAGAAGAAGCGCGGCGAGAACUUUGCGCCAUGCAACUAUUUCCAGAAGGUCUACAAAACGAUGUGUCCCAAUGCCUGGGUGGAGAGGUGGGACGACCAGCGCGAGAGCGGCACAUUCCCGGGUCGUAUUUAAGCGCCCUCUCCCCAGCCACAGCCUCCCAUCAGUAGUCACACAUAAAUGCACUACCUUCUACAGCAACAACAACAACAACAGCAGUAGUUAAUGGGGCAAAUGGAGACAAAUUAGUAGUGAAUACGAAAAACAACAACAACCACCCACAGACACACACACACACACGAACAAGCAAAGACCCAAAGACAGACACAUACACCCGUCGGUCGGUCACCCGGGUUCAACUGUUAGAAAAGUGUAUUUCAAUCCAAUAAACUAAAUUGAAAACCAAA